GUUUGAAAGAAUAAAAUCGGCUACUUGUAACGGACUGGCGUAUGUGGCAGUUCAGUUCUGCAACCCUCGGUCUUCUUUGUUCGAACCAUCAACUUUUUUGAUACCCUCGCCGUUCAAUGACCUCGUCGGGUUAAGGUAAGACUGCUAAGCUGAAAGCACGUUGUGGAUUGAAAAAGGCUUUAAAAUUUUCGCCUAGAGGUGGGGAAUCAGUUUUAAGAAGUGCUUGACCAGCGAACUAGUACUGUUUGCUGAUAACGAUAAAGCUCAAAAUAAAUUGGUAAUUUAUAGUAUUAACAAAUUAAAAACGACCUACAUUUGCCACACCCUCAGAGGUAUAUGAUGAACAGCACUACAGACUGUUGCUGCAAACUUGACAGAACUUCGCAGUAACUUUCGUCUGAAUAGCCACACUUUUGGAUUUCAUACACCGACACAAGAAUUAGAGCCACAGUUGAAGAGGAUAAUAAACAAAACCACUGAAUGGUCACAUUUUAGGACUUUAUCCACAAAAGCAAAAGUUAGAAUCAACUUGUACAAUAUAAAAACACAGGGGCAUCCAACGAGAAUAUAGUUCAAAACCACUUAAACAUAGCAUUGUUAAACGUGUUUUAGUAUUUAAACGGUAGAUAUGGGCAUAUUUUUAUCCCCUAUAAAUUUUUCAUCUGUUCGGAUUUCCUAGCUGAAAGUCUAGUGAUCCGAAAACUAUAGGGAUCAAAACUUACCUUUUCGAAAAUUUCAGCCAGAAAAAAGGCUCCCGAAAAUUCUAGGUGACCUUUUUAGGGUAAAAAUCCUUUGAAAAUAGGCAAUUUUACCAUUUCUUAGAUGUUCGAAAAUCCUAGGAGAGGCAGGCAAGCAAGAAAUUUUACAACAAAUGUUCCGAAAAUUCUAGAUCUCAAAUCGUCUUCCGAACAGAUAUUUUUCCGAAAAUUGUCGUUGGGUGCCCCUGAAAACAGUACAACUGGAAAGUACUGCUUAGUAGCUUUCAUUUCAGUGGUCAGACUCAUGAUUUCAUCCACUGAGUCAACAGUUAGAAUCACCUUAUUCAGUGAAAUGAACAUUAUUAACACAGGAAAGUACUGCUCAGGAGCUACCAUUUAUGGUGACACUUUCCAUAUUUUUUCGAACGAGCGCCCCGUCGAUUAUAUCAUUUUAUUGCGGCACUGAUUGAAGACUACAUAUUAGGGAAUAACACAGUGCAUAUGCGUUAUUGACCAAGCAUGAGGCCGAGUUGGCUGCAUUAGAUUGCGUUUUCAUCGGUUGAGACGACGUCAAGGUAAAUGAAAACGCAAAAGAGAACAAAGCCAAUAUCCAGCUAUCUUAAACGGAUAAGCUUGGGCAAUAAGUUAUUUAUUAUAUGUCUCUUUUCUUGGGGGACCAAAGCGGGAAUUCCCAAGCAGGUAAAAUAUGUAGGCCUUACCGUAUCUGUUCGGGUAGCCAAUCAGGACGCACCGCUUCAUCUUGCUUCAUCUUCACCGCUUCUUACUUACCCCCAAAAUCCGAAAAUGUGCAACCUCGAAAAAACGUAGAAAGAGAUUUCUCAACGGCUUUCCUCAAGUUUCUCCACAGCUUUUUGGCAAAUUCUUAAAUUUGAGCAGUUUUCUAUAAUCUAACUUAUUCUAAGAAGCAGCUUUUACAUGUGCUACAAUUGUUCUAACUUACAAAUUUCACAGUGUUUAUGGUUGAGUGUUAUUUAUGGAAUUUGAAUUUCCUGGGUAAAAAGGAAUUUCCUAAGAUGUUUUGUUCCCAUUUUUCCCGUUUCCCUCUUAUGUAACAUCCCAUAAACUUAUAUAUCGUUUUCACUUUCACGCAACAAAAAAAUAAAUGGGAAACGGUCCAGUGGAAGAACCCAAGAAAAUGAAAUGUUAUACAAGACUAAUAUAUAAACAAUUUGUCCGAGUCUCAGGUCUUUGUGGCCCACAGUUUCUGAGUUAUUUGCCGAAACGUUUCACGCACCUUUGUGGAGCUUUGUAUUGAGACGCCAUAUUGGUGCACCGUUUUGGUGCACCAGUAACUCGGGCCGCCGGAAAUCAACAAAAACAUCUGGAGUUCACUUUUUCUGCGAAAGCUCUUUCUUUUCACUAGAGAACUAGCAUACGUACGCAUAAACAUAUCUUCUAAUACUUGAAGUGGUUAUACUGCUGAAAAUCAAGAGGAGAGACUUUUUUCAACGAGACAGCAUUCCUAUUUUGGUGUCACGCACUGUGAAAGCUCGGAAGUUCAAAUUGCUGUAUUUUCGAAAUGAAACAUGCCACGGAAAUGGAAACUUGUACAAAAAUUUACUUUUUGUUUAUCUUCAACCUAGUGUAAAUAAGAAUUCGUUAAACCUCGCUAUUUCUUGACUUUACAAUUUGAUGACGUCAUAGUGAAAACCAUCUAAAAGAUAUGCUACUUUCUGAAGGACCUGUAACGACACUCAAAAUCGCCGCCAUCUUGGACUUAAAUGAAAAUUUGUUUAUGCUUAUCGUGUAAACAUUUAGCCUGCGCCACAGACGGAAAAGGCCAUUUCCGAGUUCCCUUCAGCCUCUGAAUCAAAAUGAGGUUAAGUGCUAAGCGUUUGAUAUGGGAUGAGUUUUCAUUCGCAUGCAAAUAAAACUAAUUUUCACAAAAAAGGUUGUGCACUUGGCCUCAUUUUGAAAGUGAGGCUAUUUGGAACUCAGAAGUGGCUUACUGCACUUCUGGCUAAGUCCGUCUGCAAAACAGUACCGAAACGACACAAACAUAAACAAAAAGUUUGCGUUGUAAAGACAGUGAAACUUCUAUUAAGUGGACACUAAGCUGGAUCCAGAAAUUAACGUCUUAUGUUUCCCUUUACAACGAACCCCUAUUCAGCGGACACCUCUAUUAGACACUAAAAUAAAUUAUAUUUCGUUAAUUUGUAUUGUUAAUAACCUCUUCUUAGCGGACACUGGACUGAAUUGGCAAAAGUAGUAUUGGAUAACGUCCCUGAAAUAGGUACUGUAGUCGAUUAAUAAAGAUAAAUCAAUAAAUUUAGCUGUCAAUAUACUGUAGAUUAGACCGAAAGUCUUGCAAAAAGUAAAGCACAGCUUCCUUAGCUCCCUUAACAACGUGGAAAUUUAUCACGGUACAGAGUAACCGUUGAAAAUUAAUCGUUAACAAACAUUGCGCAAUUUUUACAAACCUUAAUUAAGCGGACACCCUCUAUUAUUAAGAGGACAGUUGGAAGGGUCCCAAAGGUAUCUGCUUAAAAGAGAUUUCACUGUACUACCAUUUCAUAGAUCACACAUCAGAAGAGUUACAACACUUUUUCGAGCAGUUGGCUGGAAAACGUUCUCAAUAUAAUAGAGCCGGCAAGAGCUUGUUUUCUUCAUAAAAGUCACCAAAUUUUUGUUUUGCAUUAAAUUAACAGAAAAACACUGACGGACAUGUAUCUGAGCAUUUACUUCCUUGUCACUUUGGUCCAACUCCAUGCAUCUGAUACAUGUAAGUAUACAGAUUCAAGUCAUUUGAGUCAGAGAAAGAGAUUAGAUUUGUAUCAACUUCGUCCUCAGGGUCUUUUCGUUUUUCGAUAUGGCAGCGGCGAAGAAUGUAACCUCUGCAGUUUACAUUAUAAUGGUAAAACUAAGCGACGCCUCAAGGUCAGAUUUAACAGCACAGACGUCCAGUCGACAAAACUUGCAUUAAAUCUAGACCCCUUAUUGUUUCCAAACACUUUCUCUCUAACUCGGACCAUUCUCACACUGACAUGCAGCAGUAGCCCAUAACCCGGAGCGAGCAACAUCCAUGUGCUUUUGUCACGGCGUUUUCACGGUUUAGGAUUUUGGCGCCGAUUUUGAAUAUCUUUUAAAUUCCACGAACUAGUCAGCAAAACCUAAAGACCUAAAAAUUAUAAUUUUUGCCUUUUAAUAACGUUUAGUUUUCCUUUUGAUAUCUUAUGCUUCGAAUGCGCUCAUAUACAUGGUGGAGAUUCUAUUUCCGAGGGAAAAAGUGCCCUAAAAUGUGUCUAAAAAUAUACUGAUCCGUAAAUACGCCCUGACAUAGGCCUAGUAUGGGAGUUGCUCGCUCCGGGUUAUGGGCUCCUGCUGCAGUUACUUACACUAGAAACUAGUAAUAACCAAAGGUUACGGAGAUGCGCGCGACGACGAUCGAAAGUCAAACCACUUUUGCUCCACGGCUGUGGUUUACAUAAGUUUCACGUGACAGAUGUGCAAAACACAAGUAAUCAAUUACAAGUGAUAGAAGGUCCAAACGCGCGUGAUAAAAUUGCGUUAAGUGCAUUCCAUUUGUUCUUAGUAUGCGAUUUAUGCAAGCUACAUACAUGCGACGCAGGCGUAAUAACCAACUGGAGAUUAGGAUUACGGGCUCCUCUUGUCGUCCGCAAUAAUUCCGCAUCCCUCACGUGACUCAGGUCUGCAAAGCAAGGUAUAGGCUUUUGUACAUUAUAUUCUAAUUCGCUACCCCGCUCAAACGAAUAUAAAACAUUUAUCAUGUAACAAGCAACCUCAAUUGGGGUGUGUCAACACGAGCCGUGUGCGACCCUCUUUAUUAUGCCUUCAUCUACAGAAUGGAUGGAAAUAAUACAACAAACAGAAUGAAAACUCGGAAAUGUAAAAAAUUACAGCAAGGAAAACAGCCCAACAAAAUGAUCUAAACUAUGCUCGUAUAACAAUCAUUCAGUAAACAUACAAAACGUGCUAAACCUUUCAUAUAGCAGCAUGCAAAAAACUACGUCUAAGAGAAACCCCUGAUCACUGGGUAUUUAAUUUUGAGGGCGUAGGGACAGUCGUAAGACGCGAAUGAAUAUAAAUGAGAACAACUCAAAUAUAUAUAGCCUACCGCUAAUGAAGCAACAGAACAACAUACCAUGUAACACCCCAAAGAAAAGGUUACAUAACCCAUGAUAAAUACAUUUAUAUUCUAAUUCGCUACCCCGCUCAAACGAAUAUAAAACAUUUAUCAUGUAACAAGCAACCUCAAUUGGGGUGUGUCAACACGAGCCGUGUGCGAACUAAAAGAACGGGAAAUACGGAAAAUUAAAUACCCAGUGAUAACGAAACCGACAACAAUGAAUGAACACUAUCCUUAAUGUAACCGUCUUUUGCCUUGUCUGAUUUCCAACGGCCGUGUCUUUUAAACAAUCUGUCAGGCACUCGAGCAUUAGCAGCAGCGGAGGCACCUCCGGCCCUAAGGCUAUGGAGACCGUAGUCUUGCUUGGGAAGGCCGAUGGAAUCGAAAGCGCUAAGCACUAUCUCCCGCGCUCUAGUAUAAGACAAAGGAACAGACCCGCGCAAUUUAUAAGCUCCGGUACUGCGAAGAAAAACAACAGGGCGAAAAAGGAACUCUUCGCUGUCUGCUGAAAAAGAAGCGGCCACAAAAUAUCGUUGAACUAAUAAAUAAGGACAUGUAUGCUUGAAAGUUUUAGCGAUAACAACCCAAGCCCCAUCCCUGUAAACGUCAGUCUUACUUCGAUGAACAAAGAUUCUCAUAAAAGAAUCUUCAAACUGAAAAUCACACCUGCGUAACUGAACCAACUCGUUAAAGCGAAAAAACCCUGCAUAACCUAAAACGCACAAAGAAAGCACUCGUAAAUCAGACAAACUAGCUGACGACGAUCCAUACUUAGAAAAUAAAAGCUGAAUAGCCUCGGGGGUCACAGGCUCUUUCUUUUUAACAGGGAUACUGAGAAGCCUCUUAGCAGAUUCUAUUAAAGGUAAAACUAACGAGGAAUUACAGGGGUCGGGUAGACCUGCCAAAUCAUGCACCCACUUGAGCCCAUAAUGGACUUCGUCAAUAGUACUGCAAGAAGCAGAUUCUUGAAUCAAGCUAAGAAAGAACAAUGAAACGUGCACACUAGAAGCGGGAAAUAUAACAAUUUCUUUAAACUGAGAAGCCCAUUUUCUCCACGUAUUGAAGCCCUUUUCGUACUUCCUCGCGGUACUGUCGGCUUUGGAUUUAAGAAGAACUGCGGGGAGAUCUUGAACCAGUGCCCGGAGUCGCCCGUCUUCAACCUGUUGAAAAUUAGGCUGCAAGGCAUCUUUGAGAACUUCUACGAGGAUAAGAACAAAAAUAUAUGGCAAAAUUCCACAAUACACGCACUGGGAGUCAAUACAGCAAUAAAAAAAAUGGACGCUUGGUAAUGCCUCUGACCGGAUGCAAAACUAUUUAAGGCCGAAUGGGCCAACUCAAAAACCACGGUAAACAAGCCACUCGGCGAGCUAGUUUCACGCGAAACGAGGACAAAUGAACCGACGAGCGGAAUAAAAAACACGUGGGCCAACAUAAAGCCACUCGGCUUGAAAAAACUAAGGCCCCUUAGCGCCAAUUCUGACUGCCAGCACCGCGCUGUUAAACCUGUCUGAACCAAUGAGUGAAUCUUUGUAACACCCGAGGGCAAAAAUCCCUGAGGGGUCGGGAAAAUGAAUGUACUCAAGGACGUACGGUUGAAAUUGAAUUGCAUUUGCGAACAAGAAAGGCCAAAACACAUUAGACGGCCAAUAAGGGACGACUAAAGUACCAACCGCACCGCAUACAAGGAGAUGCUGAACCGCCCUAGUAAUGCAGUGGACGGGAGGGACUAGCCAAUUAUUCUCUCCAUUCCACGAGAUUGAAAAUGCGUCAACAGCUUCAGUGCCGGGUACGCGAAACCUAGAAUUGAAUCUGGGAAGAUGGGCGUUGGCAGCAUUCGCGAACCUGUCGACUGUAUGUGGGCCCCAAAGGCGGUCCAAGUGUGCGAAGAACUCGGGGGUUGUAUACCAGUCAUCGAAGUCUACAAUGUGGCUAAUCGCAUCAGCACAAGCAUUAAGUUCCCUGGGAACCCACUGGGGAAUAAGUGUAAUAUUAUAAGUUCGACAAAAAUAGAAAAUAUCAAGCGCAAUAGAAUGCAAUUCUGCACUAGGACUCCCUAUCUCCACAACACGAACGGCCCCUUGGCUGUCAGAAUGCCACUUUACACACUUACCCCGAACCGAGGCUUUGAACGCACUUAAGGCAAAUUGUAUAGCCUUAAGUUCUCUCCAGGUAGAGCUCUUAGCUGCUUCGCAAGCAGUCCACAUACGAUGGGACACCUCAUUAGUGCCCACAACAAAAGCCCCGCAGGCGACGUUGCUAGCGUCCGAAUAGCUAAACAAAAGGGGAGCAUUAUAAGGCAAAAUAGGUCUCGUAUUAAGACUAACGAUAUUGUUUUUCCAGAAAAAUAUUUCAGAGAGGCAAUCAUUAUGAAGCCCGAUAUUAAAACGGGAAUCCCAACUACGGCGGGAUUCUAUGACCUUGUAAAGGAAACGGGUUUUGAGACGAGUCAGGUUACCCAAAACUGGCGACAUGGACAUAACAUGACCUGCGAUAACGGCACAAUCCCGAGCCGUAACAUAAGGUGCGGAUAGAAGAAAUUUGUCAAACAGAGCAAUAAAUUUGCAAAUACGUCUAUCGGUAAUAGAAAUGGUACCGAUAACUAAGUCCCAGUUUAAACCCAAACAAACAAGCACCUGAGUGGGGUUCCAUAGUGAUUUGGCGGAGUUGGCAACAAACCCCGCACUGCUUAAGGAUGAUUGCACAAACAAUGAAUUUUCCUUGGCCAUAGGCAGUGAAUCCCCUUAUCCGCACCCAUCGUCGAGGAACACAACAAUUUUAAUCCCGUUAGACCUCCAAAACUUAACGAGUGGUCUGAGACACUUGGUGAACACGUAUGGGGCUGAGCUUAGACCGAACGGAAGUGAUGCAAAACAAAAAUACCGAACGGUACCAGAAAAAACCCAGGAGAAACCCAGAAAAGUUUGGUGAUCCGGAAAAAUAUCGAUAUGGUGAUAUCCAGACUUGAGAUCGAAACUGAAAAGGUAGUCGCCCUUAUUAACAUAUGAUAAUAAAACUCUCCAAUCUUCACACCUAAACUUCUGUUUCCAAACGAAAUGAUUGACAUGACGUAAGUCCAGAAUAAGCCUCUUCUUGCCUGAAGACUGUAUCGAGACAGAGAGCGGAUUAACGACAUGUGGAAUAAAGGGCACUUCAACGACGGCGUGAGUGUGGACUAAUUCAGCGAUAGCCGACUCCACGAAAGACGCAUUAUUAAGAGCUGACUGAUUGUUAGAAAAACGCGCCUGACAAGGUGUGCUAAUGAAUGGGAUCCGAUAACCGAAUUUAAUAGUAUCGAUAACAAAACUAUUGGCACCAAUAGUGUGCCAAUAACUUAAACAGGACCUAAGUCUACCCUUAAGUACUGGCAAUGCGGAAUUAUGUUCAAAUUCAAAUAGAUUGCGAUCAUAAUCGAAAUCGACUAAUGAACUAGAGUCUCUUUCCCUGAAAUACUCCAAAUAAGAAGGAUACAUGUCUAAUAAAUUGACUAAAGCUAAUAUCUAACCUUGGAGAACAAGUUUUUAAUUCUGUGGUCCUAUUUACCUCCAAUGCCCGAAAGACCAGAAGAACUAGGAAAGGACUGCCCCGAGCUUGAAGAUCUGGCUUGAGGAUUAACCUGACACUGAGAUCUCCAAUGACCCUGCUGGCCGCAGGCGAAACAAAUAUCACUUGGUCUUGGUUUGCUGAAAGCGCCAAAAGUACGAGAAAUAGGUCUGGAGGAUGAUGAAUGUUGGCCAGGAAACGUGGUGGUUGCGGUAGAUGAUUGGAGUUGUGAAUAACCUUGCUUGGAUGGCUUCGCUUUCUGUUGGCGUUGGUUGCGUUUACGAAGGGCCCUCUGCUCGGCACGGCGGAUACGCUUUUCCUCCUCCGACCCGCUAGCCAGCUCGUCUGAUAAAUACUCGUUCACCAAAUCCCAACCGGCGGCGGACUUGUCUGCCAGUCUGAUAAGUUUGUUGCGCUUCUUGAUGUCAGAGUCUAGUUCUUCCAGGUGAGUUUUAACAAGGUCUAAUUUUCUCUUCCCGAGAGCAACGGACGCCGACUUCACCUUCUCUGCAAGGUCGGAGUUGAAUUGAAACUGUUUCUUAUUACCUUCGAAUCUAAACGUGAUCUUGGAUUCUUCUUUAAGCUUUUUGGCCACAGAAUCGGUAUUACUGCACGACUCGUCUUGAAUAUCGCGCUUCAAGGCGCCCAACUUCUUGUCGAAAUAAUCCUUAAAUAGAGAGAACGCGGACGCUAUAUCACUGGAUUCUGAAGACUGGAUUGGUACUGAAGCUUCGAGAGAUUGAGACAAAGGUUGUUUAGGAAGCGAAGGCAGCAAAACGUUGCUUCUAGGAAACUCUGUGUUCGCUGGAGUAAUGUCUUCAACAUCAGACAUAAUUUUGAGGGCGUAGGGACGGUCGUAAGACGCGAAUGAAUAUAAAUGAGAACAACUCAAAUAUAUAUAGCCUACCGCUAAUGAAGCAACAGAACAACAUACCAUGUAACACCCCAAAGAAAAGGUUACAUAACCCAUGAUAAAUACAUUUAUGCUUUUGCUUCCCUACUAAAAUGCUCCACCUUAAUGCUCCAUUUUUCCCACUAAAAUGCUCGGUCUCCCCAAAAAAGUCACUAAAAUUCUCGGAUAAUGCUCAUUAAACAAUCGGUUUUUUUAAAAUUAAUUUCAAAGUUUGCACUUACAAAAACGUGCAAGUGUUGCAAGUAACAACGACAACGUGUACAAGGUCAUAAAUACAGCCAAAAAAACCAGCUUUAUUAGGUUUUUUUGUGAAUUUUGAAUCUUAGUCUUCAUUUUGUUUAAAAAAGCAGGAGCUCAUGGGGCAUGGGCUCCUGAAAAAACUUAAUUUCUAUUUUAUUUUCUCGGAAAAAUUAAUUUUCCGGGGAAAAUGCCACUAAAUUGCUGGAAUAAUGCUCAAUGCUUCUGCCUCACUAAAAUGCUCAAAAAAAUGCUAGCAUAAUGUACAAAAGCCUAGCAAGGUAGUCACAUUUGAUAGAUAAGACCAUGACUCUUGAACCAAAUGGCCUAAAACACCGUGACAAAUUGUUAUCUAUAUCCUUAUUAGUUUUUUUAUUCUCUUUUAUGUUGUUCGUAAAUUCCAUGUGUCUUUUUUAAACAAUUUUUAUCGCGACAUUCUCCAUCUAACUAAUAGAUGAGGCCAUGAUUAGUUUUACUAUAAUGUGCCCUUCUCCAUUCUAAUUUUCUUCUUUUAUUAUUAUUAUUAUUAUUAUUAUUAUUAUCAUUAUUAUUAUGUACACGUAGUUUAAGCAACUUUGUACUAACUGAUAUUGUACAACUAAUGGAUUAUUGAUUUUGUACAACUAUUGUAUUAUUGUACAACUAAUGUAUUAUAGGAUGGAGUAAAAAAUAAAAUACAAAAAUACAAAAUACAACUAAUAUAAAUUUUAAUUCCCCCUAUCAAAAAGUCAGUGACAUCAGUAAACCUGAAGAAGGCUGGUAUGGCCAGCCGAAAUAUUGUUUGAAAAAAGCAAUAAAUGUUGUUAUCUGCUUUGCAGUAGUCUUUGAACUUCUGGGUUUUGUUCAUAAUAUUUUAGCUGAUUAGAUUUCUUUUCUAGAGAUCUAACGUUGACAGAGGGUUGACAACCAGCAGGAUCUUCGUCCACGAUUUUUGCAGUUAAUUUGUUUAUCAUGGCGGCAAGGGUAUGCAGAACGCCAAAUGACUCUGAAGUUUAGUGAAGUAGGGAGGAAACGAAAUGAAUUAAUACGUUUCAGGUCAGAUUUCCCAGUAUAGUGACCCUAAAUGGAAACUGAUUCACCCUUUUGUAUAACCCUGAUCGCGAAACUUCAGAGUCAUUCGGUGUUCGGAGAAUGCAGAACGUCGAAUUACUCUAAAGUUUAGUGAUUAGGGUUAGGAAACUGAGUGAAUCAAGUUUCAGGUCUGUUUUCCCAAUAUUAUGACCCUAAAUGGAGCCUGAUUCAUUCAGUUUCCUAACCCUUAUUACUGAACUCAGAGUCAUGCGGCGUUGUGCAUACGGCGUUUGGUGUUCUGCGAAAUCAGGCGGCAAAAUACCCCUGCCGUUAUCAUGACGGAGAAUAUGUCGCCAUAUUGGAAAACGAGAAAAGCCUGGGGACGGGGUUGGAGUUGUAUUGAACAUACGCAACUUCCAGAGUUACACGAUCAAAGGAAUGGCCCCAAUCUUGACCUUGUCAUGAAAAAGUCUGUUAGAGAAUAAAGGGGUGCGAAGUUUAACUUAUCAUUUAUCAAUUUAUUUAUCUGUACAGUGGCAGCGUUGCCUCACGUAAAAUGCACUCGAACUUACCAUAAGCUGGGUUGUUAUAAAAAGGUGUCCAGUUCCGGGAACCCCUGGCAGCUGUUGAUAACGGACAGAAGUGACAGUCCUGACGGAUACCUUUUAGACUGGCGUAAAUGGGAGGAGUCGAUUCACAGGUACGUUUGUGAAUUCUGUAUCAAAACUUCUUAUACCAAGUACCCAAAUUGUGGAACUCUUGUUUUUGUUAAUAUAGGAGAUCAGUUGGUUAGCAAACGACUUCUCAACUGCUUUGCUGAUGAAAGUAAGAUUUGAAACAGUGCGAUAGUUUGAAAACUGCGCAUGACUCGGGGAAGGCCCCUUAGUGUUGUAGAGGGCGCGUAGCUUGGCAACUUUUAAUUGAGAGGGCAUUUGGCUAGAUUGCAGCGAGGUAUUAAUAAUCUUAGUGAUAAAUAGUAUCAGUGUACCCAGAGCUUUUCUUGUGACAUAGAAAGGAAGAGGGUCAAGAUCACAUGAUUUGGAAGUUAAUUUCACGACACAUUUGCGGACUUCAUCAACGGUUACCAUACUGAAUUUAUCAAACUUAUAAGGACAGACCCGCUUGACUUCUGGAACUAAGUGGAUGGGAGCUUCACAUCUAAUAUAAGUCGACCAGUAUAUUAGUUGUCUUAUUGAAAAUGAACUCGACUUUCUAUCCAAUAGAUUGUCAUUUGUCUUGAAAAGAAGUUUGUAGUCCGACUGAUUAUUAUCACUGAAUAAUGAAGUGUAAUACUGAAGUGUUUACUCGGAAGAAACAAUUAACUUGUUGACGGCACAGCAUUGAUCAAUAAACAACUGGCGAUUGAUUAGAAGUUUGGUUCUUCACCAGCCAGCGCUGUUCCAAUCUCCUGAUAUAUUUGUUCACGCUGUGUAUCUCCUCUGAAUACCAAGGUGUAGCAUGACGCCGGGUAACGGUUUUGGUUUUUACAGGAGCAUGGAUGGCUAAAUGAUAGACUUGCUAUAAGUCGACCUCUCAUAAGUUCUUAAAAAGGACCGAAGCGAGCUUUAAUGCACGAGGUCGCACAGCGACCGAGCGAGCGACUAACCAGUAAAAAAAAAUAAAGGACUCUUAUUAAGUCUAGGGUGGCUAGAAUGGAACUUGGAACAUCGUCAUCGUUAUAAUGAAUGAUAAGAUAGUCAAGUACGGAAGCGGUGUAGCAAGACACUCGGGAAGAUUAGAAUUUGUGACAUCAGCUCCAAAUUAUCAAAGUCAAUAGAACGAAGCCUUCUAAAGGUAAUAAGCUUCCUUGUCAAACAUUGACUUUUUGAGCAUAUGAACGGCGGCGUGAUCAGAUAAAAAAAAGGGAAAAUCAAUUCAUAAAUUUGAAACAAUGUUAUCAUCAGAUCUAGUGAUUACAAGAUCGAAAGUGCGACCUUCCGUAUGUGUAAAGCUUGAAUUAAGAUUGAUUUGCAGAUCAAUUACAAUAGUUCUUAGUUGAUACCAAACUGUCGAGAUGGAAGCAGAGGUAAAAAUAAUUUUUAUGAAUUGCAAGACAAAAGUUUUAAAAAGGGCUUAAGGCUGAGUUGCGUUUAAGCGUACGAGAGCCUGUUUGCUGCAUGCCAUUGGCCGGGUGGAACACCCGCGUGGAGACUGGGGGAGGACUUUGUGUGCAGAGGAUGGUAGCUAUCCAUCUUAACUGACAUUUUUGCGCUGUCUAUUUCAAUGACAGCCUGGCCUGCAGGUGUGCUGAGGUCGCACGAAGGCAAAAUUUCACAGUGUUUGGACUGCAGAACUAUGCAGAAUGUUGGAGCGGCCCUAAUGCGGAAAAAUCAUUCAACAGAAAUGGAGGCUCAGACAGAUGUUUGAUGAUUCUUAAAUUGCCUCCAGAUUGCAACAUGAAUGAUCCCAGGGAAUGUAUGGGGAUGGAUAAUGUGAAUUUUAUGUACAGACUCGGUAAGUUUGUUUCAGCCCAUACGUGGAUAUGCUUAACCCACUUAGUACAGACUUCCGGCCGCCCUAAUUCAUCACGGUAAGUUGUUUCAGAAUUAUAAGUAUGUUUGCCUUAAAUGAGCAAUAGUUACUUCUUUGGCAUUUAAGGGACUGGUCGUUUGUGGGGGAGGAAGCGGGGGACGGGGGGGUGGUUUGGGGUUGGCGGUUAUUUUGAGAAAGCUUAGAAGAUUUUCUAACCGACCCCCCCCCAGUUCAUCCUACCUUUUCAAAACAGAUUCCACCAUAAAUUCAGUUUACAAAUUGUGAAAGCUACCCCACAGCCGAAGCCGAAUCCUGCCGAAGUUCACCUCAUACUUUAUCUCUAGUCGAUACGGUAAAACGGGCUACAAAAAACGUGCAACUUCUUUUGCAAUAUUGCUGCAAAAGGAGUUGAAUAGCGAUGUUGCGCGUUUUACCACCCAUGUUCGAACCUUUCUUGGGAGGUUUGUUUCGUGGGUAAAAAUGCGCAACAGCGUUAUUCAACUCGUUUUGCGGCAAUGUUGCAAAACAGCUUGCACGUUUGUUGAUGCCCGUUUUACUGUACCUUUACGGCUUUUGUAUUCAAUAUCAUUUUACGCUCGUUACUUCUUCGUACUAUGUUCAUGAAAUUUAUUGAAAUAAUCCUCCAGAAAUGAUCCCCCAAAAGCAAUCAAGAUUUUGAAAAUGAUCCCCCAGCAAAAUGGCCGACCCCUUCUCCUCACAGGUAAUAAACGACCAGCUCCUUACUAAGCGAGGUUUUUUCCCUUUGUCUAAGAAAAAAAAAACCCUAGGGAAGAGGUUGUGUCAUUAGGAGAUGGUUAUUAGGGGCUUAAAACACAUUCAACUGUCAACAUAGACGUUAGCAGAGAUCCGGACAAUCCUGAAAUCUCAAGGCUCACAUCUUUAUAGGAUUUUUCUUAAUUUUACUUCUGAUUUCAACUGUGUUUCAGAUGUAGACCACUGCAGGAAACACCCAUGUAAGAACGGUGCAACGUGUGUCGCUGCAAAGCCAUUUGGAUACAAAUGUGAUUGUACGCAAGGCUUCACAGGCAGUCACUGCGAAACAGGUUUGGCUCCAACAAAGUAGACACCAGCUUAGAUAAAAAUAAUAACAACAGGAGCCCAUAACCCGGAGCGAGCAACUCCCAUACUAGGCCUAUGUCAAGGCGCUUUUACGGACCGGUUUAUUUUUAGACACAUUUUAGAGCAAUUUUUCCCUCGAAAAUGGAAUCUCUGCCACGUCAAUAAACGCAGAAGUAUAAGAUAUCAAAAAGGAAAACGUGACGUCAUUAAAAGGCAACAAUUAUCAUUUUUAGGUCAGUAGGUUUUGCUGACUGGUUUGUUGGACUUAAAAGAUAUUCUAAAUUCGUCCCAAAACCGUUCUAAAAAUAAACUGGUCCGUGAAAGGCCGUGACAUGUGUACAUAGAAGUUGCUCGCUCCGGAUUAUGGGCCCCUGAUAAUUAAGGGACACCCUCGGGAUCGAGGCAAGUGUCCCUUUGGGAUAGAAGUGUCCCCUGAAUGGAGGUUGGGCUGGGUUUUCUUAAUAAUUAACCCACAAAGACAACAUAAAUUAAAAUCAUCAUUAACUAAUCUCUGCGACUUUAUAUGCUGAAUUCACACAAGUGCAUUACAUCUAUUCAAGUGAGAAAGUUCACCUUGUGAAAGCUUUCAUAGUUGUGAGUACUGUACAUUAAUUCAAAGAUAUCAACCCUCUUUGUGGUCAGUCACUUUUUGAGUGCCAAUGUGUCCCCUGAAUCGAGGUUAAACCCGGGUUUCCGGGCCCAGAAAAACUGUCCCUUUCCCCUGAAUAGAGGUGUCCGUUCAAUACUAGGGUAAUAGAUACAAAGAUUAUGUGAAUAUUUUCCCGGGACCGAAUUUGGUGUCCCGUGAAUGGAGGUGUCCCUUGAAUAGACUUGUCCCAAGGAGAGGCUCCACCGUCAAUAAAUAAGGUUAAAUGCUCAUAACCUUUCGAUCUGUGUUCUUUUAGGAAAUUGUUGUUACAAUGACGCUUGUAAACUUGUUUUAAACCUGUGCCGUAGAAACAAAUUUUGAACGAUUUUGAGCAGCUCAUACGUGUUGCUCUUUCUUAAUUCACUGUGAGUGCAAGAGAGAUAAGAGUCGUGGUAUUUGUUCGGCUUUAUGUGUUAAUAACAAAAGUUUGACGCGAUACCAGCAAGUUGGCAUCCUCGGAGACCCAGGGGCGGUCAGUCGGGUCGGGUAAAACAGCGGCGAAAGUUUUCAAGAAAGCGCGAGAGAGCCCCUGGGAUGCCACUCUUAACGAUCCAGUUCCUCAACUCAUUCGAAUGCUUGUCCCAUUAUAGCACUUGCACAAGUCAAAGCAUACCGACUUAACAUACGGUGUUUUGAGUUGGCAUGAGUCGGCAGACACUGUCCUCAUGCUUCAGACGAAAACCUCUAAACUGAUCCUUGAGAUACCAAUUAAAAAAGGAUACCUUAAAGAAGAUAUUUAUUUUUUUUUAUUAUUACUGUUUUUUCUCUAAGACGUCAACGAAUGCAACAGAAUGCCUUGCAAAAAUGGGGGAAGCUGUUUUAACAAACCAGGAAGUUUUGAAUGCUUUUGUCGUAAAGGAUAUCAAGGCAAACUCUGUGAAAAAGGUAAGGCAGAGGUCUUCACGAUGUUCCAAAAAUAUGUAGUGGUGUUUCGAUUUCUGACAACUAGCAGAGAAUACAGGGUUGCUCAUCCGUUUCUUAGUUUUAUAUUGGUUCAAAAACUUCGAUCAAAUUCACAUAAAGUUCUUGUACUGAAUUUGCUUCGACAUGGUCUGAUCAUUUCGAAAACUCUUAAAUAUCUAGUUCUUCGAACCGGAAGGGAAUAAUUAUAGUAGUGGCUAUAAAUUAGCGGGCGCGGUCCGACAGCAGGGUGGGGUUGUGGGCGAACUUCAAAGGAAGGCAAAAAUUAGAUUCAGUUCCUUGCCGAGAGAAGUCUCUGAAUAAAAAUGGGCAGGGCAGCAAAAGUGGAGUUGAACAGAGAAGAGUUCGAUAAAACACGCAAGAUAAUAAUAACACUGUAAAGGGACGCUUCUAUUGAAUACUUGGUACUUGAAACAAUAAAUUUCUAACCACUGCAGGCACAAUAAAUUCCUGCACACAAAAAUUAAAUGACAAUCAAUUGAAAAUGAUUAACUGAUCAGCAGAUAACUUUAAAAAAGUGACAUCUCCCCCCCCGUCCCCAAGGGUAGGGCACUGAGUCGGCGAUAAUGCUAUUUUGUACAGGUCAGUGCAAGCCCCAUUUUGGUUGCUGUCAUUUAGGUUUGAUAUGAAAUGGUGUGGUUUUUUUCCAAUGGGGCUGUUUGGAAGGUGGGAGUGUGACAUUUUUACGUGGUUUGGUGGACCUACAGAUCAUGCCCUAGCUUGGAUUCUCGAAAGUCCCGCUGUUUUGCCAUAAACGUUUUUUCUAUGUUUCACCAAACAUUUCGGGCAAUCUUCAGAGACACUGGCAGAGACACUGUCUAUUCAAACGUCUUAAAAGAAGUCUCUUUCUUUACAGGGACACCACAGAAUAAAGACGAAAACGUCUAUAUUAUUCAUGCGUGCUAUAUCCCAAAUAACGUUUAAUAAAGCAGGAUUCAAAUAUCUUGUCUGUAACCACGUUUACAAACCUGUUAUUUUGUUAGUUUUGUUUGUUUGUUUCUUUUUCAGACGUAAACGAAUGUGUUAUGACACGAUGCCAAAAUCAGGGAACCUGCGUGAACACAGUAGGCUCGUUUAAGUGUCAGUGUAAACCUGGAUUUACUGGGACAUUUUGUGAAAACGAGAGUAUGAGCCAAACUCAUUAGUUUUCGUGUUUUAUCUGUAGUAGUAUCUCAAGCCUUCUUGUGUUUGAUCACUUCUCGGUGCCAGCUGGAUAUCAGAUAACAGACGCCUUAUUGUGUCUGUUUGUUAUAUCCUGGGCUUUGGAAUCCGUAAUUCACCUCAAGGAAUCCGGAAUCCCGCUAAAGAAUCGCAUUUCAAGUAUCAUUGACGGGGAUUUCGGAAUCCAGAACGUGGAAUCCGGAAUCCACAGCCUGGAGUCUAGAAUCCAAGACUGUCAUGGAGUGAUAUAUCGUUCCCCACUGUUUGGAUGAUCGUGACGGAUAAAACACUCUUUCUCGUGUUUAAUACAUCACUUCUCGCUGUUUGGUAAUCGGAUGAAACAAUCUUUCAAGUGUCCAAUAUAUCGCUUCUCACUGUUUGGACAUCGGAUAAAACAAUCUUUGUCGUGUUUGAUAUAUCACUUCUUACUGUUUGGAUAUCAGAUGGAACACUCCAUCUCGUUUUAGAUAUACCACUUCUGGGUGUCUGGAUAUGAGAUGAAACCCUCCUUUUCGUGCUAAAUAUACCACUUCUCACUGUUUGAAUAUCAGAUAGAACACUCCGUCUCCUAUUUGAUAAAUCACUUCUAAGUGUCAUGAAAAAAGGUAUGUUUAUCAUUGAAGGUUCACGUGUGGGAAAGGAAAGAGACUUAACAAUUAUUUUUUUUGGGGCUUUUGCCUUUACCAGGUGUCUGUGACAAGAAGGGGAUUUACGACCUUGGUUUGAUCAUCGAUGGUAGUGGCAGCCUGGGGAACAAGUUUUCAACAACAAUAUUUCUUGUUGGCCUUAUUAAUCAAUUCAGAGUCAGCAAAGACGAAGUACGCUUUGGAAUAAUUGCUUACGGCAGCAAACCUGAAGUGGUUUGCCAGUUUUCAGACAGGAUAUGUCAUCACCAGGCAAUGGAUGUAAAGAUCAUGGUUAUGAAAAUGGAAUUCCCGGAUGGGGAGAGGAGAACUGACAAGGCACUGAUGAAGGCAGGGAAAGAAUUGUACAGCAGCAGUGGUGGCCAUAGAACUGGAGUUCCCAGUGUGUUGGUGGUGAUCACAGAUGGAAACACGGUGCCAGGGAGUCAACCUUACAGCGACGUUCUACAACCCUUAAAGGUAGACAAAUACAGUUAAAACCGCAUAUCAGAACCUGGUAACCCACAUGCUGAAAUUUGGCAUUUAAAUACAACAAAAUAUGAGCACCUGUUCAGCCUGGUAAAGAAAAUGAAGUUCUUGAAGUUCUUAUACAAAAAAGAAAUCACCCCAAUUUUUAUGGUCAAAAUUCUGGAUUUUAAUUGUGAGAAAUUUCUGACAAAAAGUUAUGUUUUCUUUGAUUUACAUUUGUUUGGAUUUUCACUAGAAAUAUGUUUUCCAUAAACCACUAUGUAUCAGUAGCACAAUAUUUCUACCAAUGGUUACACUACGACAACAAGAACCUAUUAAGAACCUUAUCAACCUGAAUUGUGAAAAACUACCCUGAAAUAUAAGAACCUGUUCAGCCUGGCAAAGUAUUAGGAGGCAACGUGGCUGAGCAGUUAGAGCACUGGACUUGUAAUUCGGAAGCCCCGAGUUCAAGUGCCGCCCUGACUGCUAACUGGAUUUGUUCUCGGUAGUCGCGUGUUCAGAUCCUUUUUACUGUUCAACAACCUCGAUUCCCAGUUUUUUUCUGCCUCAUAUAUUGUAUCGAGGUUGUAACACACAGCAUGUACGAUAAUGUUUAUUUGAGCGCUGGUUAAACAAAAAGCGGACAUAAAAACAAACAUUUAACGACAUCUAUUUAGUUAUGUACGCUAUUAAAAGUACACGGCCGUUUUGUCAACUUUGACAUCCUACCCCUGGUGUUUGACAAAGACCUUGUUGUAAGCUGUUUUCAAUUUGACCAACUCUAGUCAACAUUGUUUACUGUGGAAAUUGUCAGAAAAAAGAACGAAAGUAGUGUAGAAUGAAAAAUUACGUGAGCACUUUAGAACGGUUCUGAGGAUAAUUAAUGGUUGACACCGCAGUAUAACUUAGACGUCGCUUAAACACCAAAAAGGUUCUUUGUUACUUGAUAUAUAGCUACGUUUAUUCGUCUGACCAUAUUAAAAAUGUACCCCUGCAGAAGUGACGCGACCUAUCCAUAAAGUCAGCUAGAAUUAGCAUUAUGUUUUACGCAUGAAAAUAACGGGGAGGAAAAUCGCGGGCUCAUACGUCCUAUUUUCUUUCAAAACGGUAUCUGCUGUUCACCGACAUUUGCGGUAAAGAAUUAUUAAUGAGACCACCAGAGCUAAGAAUAAGGUUUUCAAGGUAAGAGGGCUAAACACUGACUAAUUUCUUGAGCGCCCCAAAAAGGUAAACCGCCCUCGCCUAGGGCAGACCCCUCGCCUUCGGCUUGCAUAAAUAAAAAAUAAAUGAAUAAAAUUUCCGUUAUUUACCCUCUGCAGUAUUUAUAGCACUAAUGCUAGACGGGCCGAGCAAAUCCCUGAAACAACUAAUCUAAAUCAAAUAUAAUUUUUACAAGAACUGAGCGAAUCCUCGAGCGCUGAUUGGUCGAGAGUUAUGGUCUAUGACAGUAUAAGACCAUGGAAAUGACGUAACAUGUCAAGCAAUGCAGCUUUUUCGUAAAAAUAAUUUUACUCCUCAACAUGGACAAAGAAGAACCAAAUUUUAACACAUGGGGAGAAAUUUCUGACAGUGAGUUGGUUCUCGAAGCUGCAAAGAGAGAGCAAAAUACGAAAAACAACAAAGAAAAACGUCGCUUCGCGCAGUUGGAGGAAGACUACGUCGCAGGGAAGCCGGAGGCAAACCAGUUGGCUAUUUACAAGCGCGCUCGAGGAUUUGAACGCCUGACUAUCGAGAACAAAUCCAGCUAGCGGUCAGGGAUGGACUUGAACCCGGGCUCUCUGAGUACAGUCAACUCUCGCCUUGCGGACACUCCGCCAUCACGGACACCUCAAUAAAACGGACAGCGGCAAAUUCCCCAGCGAAAACAAACUAUAGACGUUUGACUGAAAUAAACUCCCGCUAUUACGCACUCUCGCUAAUGAGGACACUACCUCGAGGUCCCUCCAGUGUCCGCUAUAAAGGGAGUUGACUGGAGCGAGUCCAGCGCUCUAACCGCUCGGCCAUGCUGCCUCCAACUUUGCAAUACACCCACGUUUACUGUCACCUAAUAAACUGAAUGUGUGUACAUUUAUCAGGAUAAUAGCGUAAAUAUAAUCGCUGUUGGUGUGGGGAAUAAAGUCACCACGAAAGAGUUAACUAAGAUCGCCAUGAACAGACCGGAACGUGUCAUUCAACGUCCCACAAUCGACGACCCCAGCUUGAUUGAGGACCUCCGCAACAUGAUUGAGGACAUUUGUUGAACGCCGAGCAGGAAUCAAUUCUUCAAACAGGGAUCAAACUCUACGGAUGUAUCC